AUGGACGAGUUCCAAGAUCAGUUUCAGGAUAUGCAAAAAAAGAUUCAAGCUUUGAGGGGGAAAUAUCUGUUUGGGAAGAAUGCUCAUGAUUUGUGUUUAGUUCCUAGUGUGAAGAUUCCGCAUAAAUUUAAGGUUCCAGAUUUCAAAAAGUAUAAAGGAGCACCUGGCCAUGAUAUUGAGAAUUGUUUCGCUUUGAAAUCUAAGGUAAGACGGUUAAUACAAAGUGGUAUCUUGUCAUUUGAAAAUUCUAGUCCCAAUGUACAAGCUAAUCUAUUGCCCAAACAUAGCAAUGCAACUGUGAAUAUGGUCGAAGGAUGUCUAGGAAGAGAUCCCCGAGGAUACGUUGUUGUGAAAAGAGACUUACAAGAAAUGAUGGAUCAAAACAUUAUUCAGGUUACAAGGGAUAUAAAUGAAGAUGAGCAUGAGGUGAACGUUAAAGUUCCCCGUUUAAAUCUCCCGGAACCGAUUGUGAUUGCAUAUAAUGGUCAGAAGAUUGUUGUUUCUCCAUUGGUUAUUCAAUUGGCGGGUCCUAUGCCUUACAAAUCUGAUAAGGUUGUUCCUUACAAGUAUAAUGCUACUAUGGUGGCAGACGGUAAAGAGGUGCAUAUUCCUAUUUUCCCGUAUGUUGUAAACAACGCCGAUGUAAGUGGUGUAACCCAAAAUGGUCGGGUAUUUACUGCUGCAAAUCCUAUAGGAAGUGAAAAUGUGGUGAUAGAGAAAUCAACUCAAGAGAAAACUUCUGUUAUACAAGUUGGCCAAUCCAACAUUGGGAAUCAAAAUGUUGAUCAAGACGAAAUUCUGAAAUUGAUUAAGAAGAGUGAUUUCAAUGUGGUGGACCAGUUGUCGGACACCCCGUCCAAGAUAUCCGUAUUGUCUUUAUUGAUGACUUCAGAAGCACACCGAGAGGCUUUGCAGAAGGUCCUAGAGAAAUCCUAUAUGGACCAUGACGCGAAGAUCGAUCAAUUUGAUGGAAUUGUGGCCAAUAUUACCGCAUGUAAAAAUCUGAGCUUCAAUGAUGAAGAGCUUCUCGACAAGGGGAGGAACAACAAUUUGGCCAUGCAUAUCUCUAUGAAUUGUCAAGAAGAUGCCUUGUCUAAUGUUCUGGUGGAUACUUGGUCUUCUCUGAAUGUUAUGCGUAAGUCCACGCUAUCUAAGUUUGCUUACCAAGGUGCUCCGAUGAGAUUCAGUGGAGUUGUUGUGAAGGCCUUCGAUGGCUCAAGGAAGACCGUAAUUGGGGAAUUUGAUCUCCCAAUAAAGAUAGCCCCGUGA